AUGGAUUGCAAGCAGAAGUUCGGGGAACUGGUGGCGCAGGUGGGUUUGUGCGACCAGGUGAAGCAACGCCUCCAAAGCCGUGGGUUCACUACGGCGGCUGAGCUGUACUGGACACUACAGGGUGGUGCAGAGGAAACCUUCAGGGCCGUUCUGGAGUCUGCCGGAGUGGACAUAGGGGCUGCUCCAUCCGUGCUUCAAUGUUUGGAAGCCGGCAGACUGAGACGCUUGCUCGCUGUUUGCAAAAGCCUGUGCGCGGAGCCGAACGCUGAGAUCGGGACAGUUGCAGUAAACUCGGAGGCCUCCAACUUGCUGGGGGUCCCCCUGGGGCCUCAACUGGAUGGGGCCAAGCUGAAGCAGCUCUGGAAGGCGUUUGAAUCCAGCUAUCCUGCGGAGGCGCUGGAAUCGGAUGGCCAGCCGUGCAAGCAACUCGAAAAAUCCUUGCUGGGCCUGCUGGCGGAUGCAACUGGACAAGUCGAUCCGGCCGAGGUGGAGAUUUCAGCUUCGCCGUUUGCGGUCCAGAAGGUGUUGUGUCUUCGGAGCGUUGCCUGGGCGCUUGUUGAUUGGUGCCACCUGUCUUCCGGAAAAAUUUUAGCGAACAAGUUCAUGAUGCUGUAUCACCGUGUGGGCUUAUCUGAGAUGGGUCUGCGGCCGCCGACCCUGGCUGAAGCUGAGAGUGCCGAUGCGGAGCUUUGCCGCCAGCUUAAUGAUCUGCUGGGCCAGGGUCACAGUUUGGACAAGGCAAUCCACGAGGCGGUGGUGGUGCGGGAUAGCCUUCGCAUGUGGCUCCAGCCGCGCCCGAAGCUGCCGUCGGAAAAGAAGCGCUUUUCCCCCUACGGUGCGGAGUCAAAGGGGAAAGGUCGUGGCGCUGGCGGCAAGGGGCGUGGGGGCAAGGGUCGUGAUGGAAAAGCGCGCACACUCCCAGAUUGCAAAUUCCUCCAUCAGUGUGAGUAUUGCGGCAGCGGUGAGCAUGGGAGAUCGGCGUGCGAGAAGUUGUUGCAAUUGGCCAAAGACGACUAG